GCCGUAUCAUGUACACUGAGAAGCGAGCACAAAGUAAUCUGAUUAACAUUAGCUUGUCAUAAACGUAUUGGAAAUUGAUAUAUGGAAUUGGCGCCACAAUGGCCCUGCGGUUUAUACGAUGUUCCCCUUUCCCAAGCUCAUUGGCGUGUUAUGCUCUUUUCCAGUGUCGGUUUAGAAAUAAGCUUAGCCUAAAAUGCUUUCAUACGGGCUCCCAGAAUUAUAUACCCCUCAUACCCAUGGUAUUAGACAAAUCUACAAAUGUUGAACGAUAUUAUGACAUAUAUUCCCGUUUAUUGAAGGACCGAAUUAUAUGUCUUAUGGGCGCAGUCACCGAUGAAAUGGCUGGAUCGGUUAUCGCACAACUCCUGUUUUUACAAUCAGAGGACAAAAGGACCCCUAUACACUUAUAUAUUAACAGUCCAGGUAAAACGGGUUUUGUUGCCACACUGUCUUUAGGAGGCUCUGUUACUGCAGGUCUAGCGAUUUACGACACUAUGCAGUUUAUUAGACCACCAGUUGCUACUUUCUGCAUAGGUCAGGCUAGUAGUAUGGGUUCUUUGUUGCUAGCAGCUGGUUCACAUGGUUGUCGAUUCGCUCUCCCUCAUUCCAGUAUAAUGGUCCACCAACCAUCUGGCUCUGCCCAUGGUCAAGCAUCGGAUAUUAAAAUUCGGGCAGAGGAGCUAAUUAGGACACGUAGUGUUAUAAACACUAUAUACGAACGACACACAAAACAGUCCCAGGAAGUGAUAGAAAAGUGGAUGGACCGUGAUUACUUCAUGACUGCAGAAGAAGCAGUUUCAUAUGGAAUAGUCGAUAGGGUUUUGCAUAAAACUCCUGCUGAAAAAGUGGAUGAACAUGUGGAUUCUAAAUCUCCGCAUUAAUUUUGAAUGUAAUGGCUUCGAUUGAAGAGAAAACAUUUUCCACAACUAGUAUUUUGUGUACAACACACAUGACCUACGUGAUGUAAACUGAAUAAUUCUUUCCGAGGAUAUAUUGUGUUCCAUAAAUAUAUGCUUAUAUUAAUACUCGUAA